CAUCAACUCUUAUUAACAGAUAACGAUGGUAUUUAAUCGAUCUGUAGAUUUUCAGAAGCCAAAGCACCAGGCCUGACAUAAACAUUUGGGCGUUUAUUUCAAGUUUAAGACGUGACAGCUCAUUUUCCAUACCGCACCAUUUCAAUAUGAUAGGAUACGUCUUUUUAUUGGCGAUAUGCCUCGUAGCGACGCCGACGUCAGGUACCAUGACGUUAAACUGCCAGAAAGCGUUCCCUACGUCAACGCUAACCAAGAACUACAAUGAGACGAUUGCGCACGCCAUUCACUCCAUGACGGUCGCCGGUCUGCGCGUCUUCAGUUCCAAGGCGUCGGCGAACAACUUCGUGCCGACUGUGAACCAGGAUCUCAGCCAAGAGCAGACAGUGCUCGACCACGCCCCAGAGCAUGCCCUGGGGCACGACUUCAGCACGCUGACAAUGAACAUAAUUGACAAUAUACUGUCAACUCUCGGGAACUCUAUGGAUGGUCUAGGUUCUCACUGGUCGCCGGUGGAGCGUGUCGCGCACGUGUUCCACAUGUGGGACCUCUGGUACCGCAUCAAGGAGAGCGCCUGGCCGCGCGUGCAGAAGACCCCGCCCACGGACGAGAUGUGCACGUGCCUUGCCUCCGUCGAGUUCAACGGAAUUAAAGACGCCGUUCAAUGGGUAGCAAACCACUACAAAACCGGAACUCCCAUAACGCUUCUUAACCGACCGAUCCCGAAACUGACGGACGCGGCCGCCUGGGGCGUUUGGAAACAACGUCUGCUGCACUACUACACACCGGAAGCGCUCCAGGACGCCGCCAUGUACCUCCAUUGCGUCUCGCAGUUCUGGUAGUAACAACGCAGUCGAUGUAAACGCGCUUUUCUACAUGGAUCCGGACAUUGUUUGAUUACUGUUUCCUUUGUACCUUUGUGUUUGUAGACAUUUAGGCGUUUCUGACUAGAUUUGUGUCAUUUUCAUAGACGUUAUAAACUUUAAUAUAUAUUGAAUAUAUAAAAUUCGGAUGGAAUAUUUUGUAAUAAUUAUUAUUAAUAAAUAUAUUCGGGUA